AUGAAAGAAUGUAGUCGAAAUUCUAGAGAUCCAGUAGUGCUUGCUACUGCGUAUUAUCCAACAGUAUUCGCGAGCGCAUCGAGCACUCCGAAAGUCUCGACCAACACCAACCCUGGCUUCCCAACAGCUUCUUCCACAGGAUCAGCCAAUGAAUUAGACCUAAAAGAUGUGGUCCCGUAUCUGAAGCAUCUUUCUCUCUCAGCUGAACAUGUCAUUUAUAAACCACCAACAGCGAUGCAAUUAUCCAACGUCUCUGCAAGCACGUGCCAGCGAGUACUCGAUACAUAUCGACAGGUGCCAACAAUCACUCUUGCUGUUGAGACCGGACCAUUUGCUUUUAAUUUCGUUGAUGUAUCGGAGGUUAGCGAGGCGGAUAAAAUCGGUAAACUGUGCCCACCCGACCCGGUGGAGCUGGAUGGCAUCGCGACGGAAUUGAUGAAUUUCAAGCCUGACGUUGAGGAAUCAUACUGGGAAGGUGAGUUCUGGAGGGCGUUGACGGCUGCCCGAGAUGCAGGGCGCAUGACACGCGAUUUAAUGAAACAAUCCCGUUUACGUAGACAAAGGCUAAUGUCACUUUCCCGUGCCAGUGUGAGUACUGUGAUGGGAUCACCUACCUUGAAUGCGGCAAUGACACCGCUAAGUUCUCAGAUUUCUAUCAACUCUACCCCUAUGAGUAACUCAGUUGAAUUGAAUACCAUAAUUAACAUCAACAGUGGGUCCCUCUGGCGAGUUCACCACCCGUGUUACUUUCCACACAAUUCAUUGAAAUCCAUGCAUUCAGCGAGGGUAGAUGGAUCUCAUCAGCAAAAAACGGAUGCAGACGCUGCUCUAGCCACACCUAAAACUACUACGGCUCAGCGCAAUGCCAAGGGCUUUCUGCGUCGUGCUUGGUUCAACGAGAAGCAGAGGGGAUCGUCUUUUACGUUCAGGAAAAGCCUAACACUGCAGGGCUGUAACCGCUCUCCUUCUCAUGUUGGCAGAUCUCUGAAGGGUACCACAUAUAAAGAAAAUUUAUAUCCCACUAGUUCCGAGAAGAGGGGAUUUAAGGUUCCUGUUCCCUCUAUUGCGAGUGAGUCCUCAGGCUGUCUUGAUGUGAACUCCUUUGUGGAAAGCGCUCCGACGUCGACGUUGCCGACCGGUGCAGAAACCCCGAUAGCUAUUCAUACAACCCAAAACAACACCUCGUUGUACUCUUCGCCCUUGAAUACUCAAAACACUUAUGUCAACGAUGUUAUAGGUAUUGCAACUCUUCACUCUAAUACUACCACAACUGUGUCUCGCAAAGGAAAGGAGGCUUCCAGAGAUAACACUUCGAAUGGAAUUGGAUCGACAACCGCGUUGGCGAACAAAUCCUGUGAUGUGUUAACGGCGGAUUUACUACAGUCCAGAAGGACGAGGGAUAACGCUGCGUUGACUACCACUCCAUCAGGCCCGCUUUCUCAGCGCGAACCGCGGAAGCCACAGGACCAAAAAAGUAGCAGUAGCAAAAAAUUACCGUCGAUACGCGCGUUUCCCUCUUUUUCUACGAUUAAGAGGGAUAAAUCCGUCUCUUCAAAGCAAGUAUUAAAUUCUGUGAGAUCGACGCCCGUCAUCGUGUCCGGGUCGGCGGCUUUUGAUAGCCCACCACUGAAGCGUUCACAACUGACUUCGCUGGAUAGGUCCUGCUCUCAGCGAACAAGCCAACCUUCCGCAGCAGCAGCUGUCAAAGACGAUCCAUUAUCGCCUAAUUUGAUCAUCAGUGACUCUAUCCACUCUGGAAGUCGUGUGGGUGAGUCUCCAAAUGCGUGUGCACGAUUUCCUGGAGCAAACACCAUUGCGUCGGCGUUUGAGCAAAUUGAGGGCGGUCGUGAACAGGAAGAAACGAUUUCCAAUGUUCUAUGCGGAGCUCCAGAUCAAGUCCUUAAUGAAGAGCGCAUGGUAUGUGUGGACAAAGGAUCCGAUCAGAUUUCAUUUUUACCCCUCAAAACAGAUGCGAUGGCGCUGCCUUCCAAAGUUCAAAGCCCCAAGCAAGGACGGGAGAUGGCAGUAGCAGAGGUAUGUUUGGAUUCACACCAAACUCAAGAAAACCACACAAAUGGUGAACCCUUGCACCAGGACACAAAGGAAAGCGCAAGCCGUCCUCUCCACCCCUCAGAUCCCUCGAAGGGUGAGAAGGAUUCAUUAGAGGGAACAAGGCCCAUGGGGCGCACCAUCGUAAAAGUAGCUGCGAUUCCGUCGCGAUCGGCGUUGAAGCCUCGUCCGUUCCACUGGAAAAAGGCUGUGACGGGGGCAGCCUUGCUCGAAGACCGCAAGUUUCCUAGUUCGAGCUCGGCUCAAGUGGUAUUAGAUGAUAAAUAUGUGUCACCUUUGGCGCACACAAGCAGUAAUAGCACAUUGAUUGCACAGAAUGAUACCGAUGUCCAUUGUGUUCCGACACCACUGCCUUGUCAGUCCUCAGCGUUACCGUCACAACUAUCGAAUUUGAAGCCUUUAGAAAAACAUAAUUUUGGAGACUCUCCUUGUACCCAUCGUGGUGGAUCAUCCUUAUCUCUAUCUCUUAACUCAAGUGCUAGGGACAUGCAUAAUAACUCCACGCACUCAUGCCAACCAUUGCAAUCUCUUCGCACGGGGGAUAUGCCGAUUUUAGUGAGUGAUAUGAGAGAGGAUGUUGGGAUUUCCAAUAAAGACUCAAGGAAACGUCAGGGUCACCUACUUAAAGCCAAAGCAAACCAGCCUAGGUGUUGCGUUGUUAUGUGA